AGUGGGAAAAACAGAAGGCUUAACUGUGCAUGUCUUUAUUGAUGUCGUUAUAUUUUGUUAUUCUAUAAAAUAAUUAUCAAAGUUUUAUACACAAUGAUCAUCUUCAAGGUCUCAGCUCCAGGAAAACUGAUUCUUUAUGCCAAUCACUGAUGCAAAGAGUAUGAGGGUUCUACUAGUGGAUACGGGAGUACCCAGAAGCACUAAAUGCUUAGUAGAAAGAUUGGCUCUGCUGAAGGAAACCUAUCCAAAAGUCUUUGAUCCUAUUUUGGAAGCGAUGGACAACGUAUCACUGGAGGCUCUGAAUAUCAUCAAGAGAAUGAAAGAUCUACUUGACACGGAUACUGAAAGACUGAAUGAGUUUUAUGUAAAGUUAUUGAUCCUGAUUGACGUAAAUCAACAUCUAUUAUCAUCUUGUCAAGUUUCACAUCCAACCUUAGAUGGAAUCUGUGCUAAAGUCCGUAAACAUUCUCUUCGAGCAAAGCUGACGGGAGCUGGGGGUGGUGGAUUCGCUUAUGUAUUACUACUACCUGACACCAGCGAUGAAACUAUUCAAGAAAUCACUAAUACUUUUGUAAAGCAAGGGUAUGGUGUUACAUUGACAAACUUAGGAGGACCUGGAGUCAAAAUUGAAAACAGGUACAACGCAUGAAACAGAGUGAGACUUGCUAGUUUUCUUCAUAGGUCAUGGUAAUAAAAUUUGUGUAAUGCUAUGAUGGGCUGGUGAAAAAUAUUUAGUCAACCAAACAUUUCGAUUACUAUGUUUUAUUGUAAAUCGGACAAUAGCGAUAUAAAUAAAGUUAUUACAGUUGACAAUCGUUUCAAUAGUUCGUAACAUCGAAAACUUUGGAGUAUAGAGUCAGUAAAAAUGAUGAUAGAACAAUAAAUAAAAACCUUUUCAGUUCAUUCCAGUUACAUUAAAACAUUGAGUACAUAUGUUUAUGCCGUUUUUGAAUAUCAUUUUUUGAUACAAUUCUUCACUUUGAGUAUUAAACCAACGGAAAUUAAAGUACCGAAUUUACUAGGUACCAAAUUAUGGAAAUAUUCUCUUGCAAUUAAAAUUUAAAUACCUAUUAAAAUAGUAUUCAUUUUGUCUCUUCUGGAUUAUUGUCAGAAGAUCUGACUCAAUAUAUUAUAAUAUAUAAGUAUAAUCAUUGUCUAUAAAUAGUGAUAGCUGUUUCAUUCAUGGAAUUCGGAUGAAUUGUGAAAGUUGUGCACCCUGCACAACAAUAACUUUUUUGUCACAACAGUAAAGUUCCUUAGUUGUGAAUUUUCAUGUAGAUAGAAGUUGCCAAUCGGGUGAUAGUUGGAACAAAAAAUGAAUUGAACACAGCCUGCAGAUCUAUUUGAAUUAAUUUACAAUUCUAAAUAAAAGUGGGGGAUAAAAUCUCUUCAAAGAUUUAUGAAAAUAUGAUUUUCAUUUGCAAGACUUUUUAUCUCACAAUAACGAUCUAGCCUACAAACAUUGAAAUACUGUUUCUAAAUGGUUGAGUGAUGAUAACAUGAUUAUAUUAUAGUAUACCUAUACAUGAAACUUAUAUCACGAUGUAAUUCAGAUAUAGAUUUGUAUACUUAAUAUAAGCAUGUAUAAUAUAGAUGCCUACGAAUACAGUACCGUUAAUGCUUUUAUAUAAAUUAAAAUUUAGUUCAACUAAAUUAUAAUGCGCGAUUUGGAUAUUUAUGUACAUUUUUGUAUCCAUGCAUAACCGGGAAUCGAUUACAGAAUAAAUAUGUUUAUAUGCGAUAAUAAAUGGGUGCGAGUCAUGAUAUUAAGUAAAAAACAUAUUUGACAACUUUUCACAGAAGUUUUGGUGAAAAUUAAAGUCAAUAAUGAAACUAAUGUAAUCUAAUCAUGAAGCAACUAUAUGUGACUGUCACUGUAAAUACAACCAUCAAUUAUAUUCUUAUACAAUA